CACCGCCAGAGAUGCAAAUUUGUUAAAAUGAUAGCUUCGGUUUGUCUCCUCUUACUUUGUGGUGUGCUCGGCACUCGCAGCUACAACAUUGAGUCUGAAGCAAACAAGGUGUUUACAAUGAACGGAGAGGAACGAUUUGGCCAGAAGGUGAUUCAGUUCAACAGCACAUGGCUCUUAGUCAGCUCACCGGUGCUGGAAAGUUCUGGAAACAAUGGGAAAAUGUACAAAUGUCAUGUAGAUAAGGAUUCGUGUGAGGAGAUCGACAUUGGAACAGAUACAGGAAAAUCUGAAUCCAGUUUGUCAUUGUUAACGUUGGAGGCAUUUGAUUCAAGGUUUGUGGUCUGUGGGUCUACGAUGGCUGAAUCCUGUGUAUCUAAUACGCAGCUGACUGGUGCUUGCUACUCCUUCAAUGAUAAAUUUCAAAUAACUAACGCUAUGAGACCUGGCUAUGAAGAGUGUCUCUUUGUCAGCACUGACAUCGUGAUCCUGUUUGACGGCUCCAACAGUCUGAGCAAGAGAGACUUUAUCAAAAACAAGAAAUUUGUUGAACAUAUAAUGAACGAAUCAAACAGCGAGUUUGUGCAGUUUGCAGUUGUCCAGUUCUCUGCUGAAGUUAAGUUGGAGAUUGACUUCACCACUUACCACAAAAACAAGGCCAACCUGUCUCCACUAAUGGACGCCAUCAAUCACAUGGAACAAGUAACCGACACAGCCAAAGCCAUCAAGUUUGUCGUAAGCGAAGUCUUUGCAGAGAAAACAGGAGCCAGGGAAGGAGCUAAAAAGCUUCUCAUUGUGAUCACAGACGGGGACUCCACAGAUUUUGGGCUUCAAGAAGCCAUCGAGUUGGCCAAGAGGAAAAACAUAGUUCGCUGGGUGAUUGCGGUUGGGAACAAUUUUCAAGAAAGGGGAAAAAAGGAGUUGAAUGACAUUGCCUCUUACCCAGAAAACCUCUAUAAUAUCGCUGAUUAUACUCAGCUGAACAACGUGCUGAAAUCGUUAAAGGAGAAGAUGUAUUUAAUUGAAGGGACCCAGGAAUCUGACUCCGCCUCCUUCAAAAUGGAAAUGUCACAGGGAGGAUUCAGUGCCCUAAUAUCAAAGGACGCCAUGGUUUUUGGGACCGUGGGAGCCUACGAUUGGUCAGGAGGUCUGAUGGAGUACGUCGAUGGGAAGCAAGUCUUUAUAAACGUCUCGCAAGCUGAGAAUGACAUGAAGGACUCUUAUCUAGGGUACUCAGUGGCAGGAGCGAACGUGAGCGACACGUCUCUCUACAUUGUGGGAGCUCCUCGCUAUCUGCACAAGGGCAAAGUGGUGAUAUUCUCAAAGAACUUGUCAACUGGCUCUUGGGCCCCAAUCCAGCAUAUCAACGGACAGCAGAUCGGAGCAUACUUUGGAUGUGAGCUGUGCAGUGUGGAUUUGACUCAAGAUGGAGGCACAGACUUGUUGCUGAUUGGAGCACCUCUGUAUCACGACUAUGGGGUUGGGGGAAUGGUCAGAGUCUGUGUUCUCAGGAACUUGGAGAAUUUGACCUGCACAGACACGCUGUACGGGAAAGCAGGGAAUGUCUUUGGGAGGUUCGGAAGUGCGAUAUCUGAGUUGAGGGACGUGAAUGGGGACGGGAUCAACGACGUGGCCAUCGGGGCUCCCCUGGAGGACGAGCACGCUGGCUGUCUUUACAUCUUCAACGGGGAGCGGCACCGCAUCAAUCCUGUCUAUAGUCAGAGAAUCAGUGCGGUGUCCCGAGCUGGCCUGAAAUACCUGGGACAAUCUAUUCAUGGGAUCUGGGACCUGACGGGCGACGGGCUGACAGAUUUGGCUGUGGGAGCCUUGGGAACAGCCCUGGUAUUCCGAUCGAGACCCGUCAUCAACGUGACGGCCAGUGUUACCUUCAGGCCCCAGAAAAUUCCUCUGGAGGAUUUCUUGUGCAACCAAACACCUCUUGACUUCCAAGGGCCAGUAACCAAUGCAUCGAUCUGCUUCCACUUGCUGUCGCCAGGCAAACCAGGAGAGAUGAGCAUACACCUCACCUACCGUUUGGACCUGGAUUCGGAGAGGCAGCAGAGACGUGUUACAUUCUCAGCUUCACAGAGAUCUCUGACAAGGAACCUCUCAAUCAGUCAGAAAGAAAUCUGCGUGGAACAAAAUAUAUUCAUCCCUGACUGCAUUGAGGAUUACUUCUCUCCUAUUUGGCUCAAUGUCAGCUUCACAUUGUUAGAGACUCCGCCUGAGACAGCAGAGGGAUACCAGCCUAUCCUCAAUCCACAGUGUGAUCAGGCUCUCUCUGUGCUGCUUCCUCUGCAGAAGAAUUGCGGAGUAGACGAGGUGUGUGAGGACGAGUUGAAUGUUAUUUUAAACAGUGGAAGAGUCCAAAAACUGGUGCUGGGGAGAGAUUCUCUGUUAAAUCUAAGCGUCUUGUUAAACAAGUUUGAGAGCACGAGGAAUAUUCGAAUUACACAAGAUAAGAACGUGAAGAAAAGCGUGAUUCACACAUACAAGCUGGAGAGCAGAGGACAGCACAAUCCGCCUGUGAAUGUCACCUUUACUAUUCCCCUCAACAUCCAGGCCCAACUCACAUUCACCCUCACCCAGCCCAUCUUUAGUGACAGCAGCAAAGGAUUGGAUUGCUCCAAUGAACAAAACAAGGGCUUGACCAGCGACAAUCUGACAGUCACCUGCGUCGUUCAUUCCCUGGAGAAAAAUAAACCCGUUAUUUUUACUAUUAUCGGAGACGUGCACUUAACUGAGAGCCACCAGAGAAGCUUGAACAAGUCGGUGAUGUGGAGUAGGGGAGAUAUCUCGUUCAAUCAGAAUCGAUACAUUGAACUGUCGAAUCCUCUCAGCCACAGCGUUGAGAUCUUCACAGAGGUAGAAAUUUUUGAGAAAUACGAUCUGUUGCCAGUGAUCAUUGGAAGCAGCGUUGGUGGAUUACUCUUACUGCUCAUUGUGGUGGCAGGAAUGUACAAGCUUGGAUUUUUCAAGAGAUCUUUGAGAGAUCAGCUAAAUGAAGAGUGAGCAGCAAGGAGAAAGCUCUCUA